GUUCAAUUCUUAUCCGACCCGACCCGUAAAAAAUCCCCAUUUAACAUAAUCUUUCUCUUACGUUUGCAACAAACAAUGGCGCUCAAUUCCAUCACCUGUUCUUCAUAUCUACACCCUGCUCAGUCUUCUACCAGUUGCGGUGACAAGGUUUUCGUCGGAUUAAGGCUUCAAUCUCCUAAUUCUUAUGGAUUCGCUAGACCUAAUUUGAGUGCUCAAUUGUUUAAGAAGAUUCAUAAAAGUAUUGAACCUAGGACUGGCAUUAAGCCGGCACGAGGGCGUAUUACAAUGAUGCCGAUAGGGACACCUAGAGUACCAUAUAGGGUUCCUGGUGAAGGAACCUGGCAAUGGGUUGAUCUGUGGAAUGCCCUCUAUCGUGAACGGGUUAUCUUUAUUGGGCAAAACAUAGAUGAAGAAUUCAGUAACCAACUACUGGCAACAAUGUUGUACCUUGACAGCGUUGACAAUUCCAAAAGAAUGUAUAUGUACAUUAACGGCCCUGGUGGUGAUCUUACUCCAAGCAUGGCUAUUUAUGACACGAUGCAAAGCUUGCAAAGUCCGAUCGGCACCCACUGUGUGGGUUAUGCUUAUAAUCUUGCUGGCUUUCUUCUUGCAGCUGGAGAAAAGGGUCAACGAUUUGCAAUGCCUCUUUCGAGAGUUGCUUUAGAGUCGCCAGCUGGAGCUGCUCGUGGUCAGGCUGAUGAUAUUCAAAAUGAAGCGAACGAGCUUUUAAGGAUCAGAGAUUAUCUUUUCAAGGAGUUGGCUGAAAAGACAGGUCAACCCGUGGAGCAGGUUCACAAGGAUUUAAGCCGGAUUAAACGGUUCAAUGCUCAGGAAGCUUUGGAUUAUGGACUCAUUGACCGAAUCGUUAGACCUCCUCGUAUAAAAGCUGAUGCACCACGGAAAGAAGCAGGUACAGGUCUUGGUUAACAUACCUGGCAUUGUACCCAUUUCAAAACUUUUUUUUAUUAUUUGUAAACAUUGGAAGUAUUAUGCAACUGUCAACAACUUUAUUUAAGCAUGAAUAGAACAGAACAUCAAGUUUCUUUGUUA